UGAAAUACGAUGAUGCCCCCAAAACUUAGUUCAAAUUAAACAAUCACCCCACUUCUCCCCAGGCCGAAAGAAAUCCUCUACUCUACGAUUCCAGAACCCAAAAGAAGAAGGAAGAUGAAUUCAGCCCCAAAACAUCCUCUUUUCUGCUUAAAAUGGCCAUGGGAUCAUCAUCAAAAUCAAAACGAUACCCAUAAUCUCAAGAAUAGUCCCUGUACACUGGAUACUCCUUGGCUCUUCAAGCCAUUCAAGAAUCUUGGCGCUGUAGCCUUCAAUUUCAUCAAUUCUGCAGUGACAACGAAGUCCCACAACAGCCCUUUUCAAUUUAACCAGAAGAGAAAGAUUUUGAGCCCUGAAGAGCAAGGAGAGGCAGAGCAGAGGGCAUUUGCUGCUGCUUUAGCGAGUGGGAAAGAGGCUACGGUUCUUGAGUUUUACUCACCAAAGUGUAGACUUUGCAAUUCUUUGCUUAGUUUUGUGAUGGAGGUUGAGAAUAGGAACUCUGAUUGGCUUAACAUUGUUAUGGCUGAUGCUGAGAAUGAUAAGUGGUUGCCUGAGCUCCUCCACUACGACAUUAAGUAUGUCCCAUGCUUUGUCCUAAUGGAUAAAUAUGGGAGGGCACUUGCAAAAACCGGCGUCCCAAACAGUAGACUCCAUGUAAUAGCAGGCAUUUCCCAUCUUCUCAAAAUGAAACGCCCUCAGAGUGAUUAGAAAAUACUCCACUUUGUAGCGGAUGAACGUGGAACAUAGCAACAAUUUCAAUGGGUAUAAGAUCAUGCUUUGGACAGCAGCAGACCAUUUAUGAUCGACUGGCUAUGAAGUUACAUCUAGAGCUCACUGUUAACAACUCCAAGCUGCUAUUCUGCAGUUGUUUGAUUCCUGAAAUUGGUAUUCUGCUACAUUGUUUAUACUUUCACCUUUGUUUGGUUAGACUAUGAUAUGUUAGAAUGUCGAAUAGAUAUUCGUUAUCUUCUUGGGAUCUUGCAGGGAAUAUAAGCUGUUGACACUCUUUGUUUUCGGUGUACAGAAAUCAGAGCUCUGCUGUAAGAAUUGCAAGUUAAUGAUAUGACCUCAACAGUGAUCUGAA